AUGUUUAAGAAAGAAGUGGUGGUAGAUGGCAGAGGACACCUCCUUGGACGUUUAGCUUCUAUCGUCGCAAAAGAGCUUCUUGCCGGCCAACAUAUCACAGUUGUACGUUGCGAUGAGAUCAACGUCACAGGACACAUGGCUUUAAACCGUAUCAAGUACAUGACCUAUCUCCGCAAGAGAAUGAAUACAAAUCCAAAGCGUGGACCUUUCCACUUCUGGUUGCUUUAUAAUUUUUGAUGCUAAAAAAUUUAAUUAUUUUUCUUUGGAUUUUUGAUAAAAAUUAGCAUUUUUUGUUGGGAAAUUUCCGAUAGAUAUCUGUGAGUCAAAAACUCAUAGGAACCCCACUUCAAAGCCCCAUCAAUGAUGCUUCUUAAAGCUGUCAGAGGGAUGGUGCCAAGAAAGACCCCUAUUGGACAAGCUGCACUUGACAGAUUGAAAGCUUUUGACGGAGUUCCUCACCCUUAUGACACCAAAAAGAAAAUGGUUAUCCCAGAUGCUUUGAGAGUCUUAAAAUUAGGACCUACAAGAAAAUAUACAGUGCUUGGCGAACUAGCUGCUAAAAUCGGAUGGAAACACAAAGAACUUAUCGAUAAACUUGAGAAUAAGAGGAAAGAGAGAGCGAAAGCUUGGUACCAGGGUAAGCUUGAUAAACAAGAAGCUAAAGUUCAGGCAGCAGACAGAAUUAAGGAUGGACCUUUGGCUGGAGUUUUGCAAAAUUUAGAAGCUCUUGGACAUUAA